AUGGCGAAGUCGAACGACAAGUUCUACAAGACCGUGGUCUUCGCGGAAGACAUGACCGACGUGAUGCUCGAGAAGGUGGUCGCCACGGCCAAGGAUGCGUUCCAGCUCCAAGUGGCGUCGGGCAAGACUUUUUCCACCAUUGCCGAAUUCGUUCGCAGGAACAUGGAGAAAGAGUACGGACGCGGGUGGAACUGCGUCGUGGGUCUGUCGUUUGGCGCCUACGUGACCCACGAGAUCAAGACGUACGUGUACUUCAGCGUCGCAUCCGGCGUGUCUGUCCUCGUGUGGAAAACCUAG